UCACUAUGAGCAAGACCGGAGUGCACUUAAGCGGAAAGAAUGGGAGAGAAGAAACCAGGAGGUCCAACAAGAUGAAGAUCUCUUUGCUUCAGGUUUUAACCUCUUCGGGGAACCCUACAAGACAAAUAAAGGUGAUGCCCUUGCAAACCGUGUCCAGAACACAUUGGGAAAUUAUGAUGAGAUGAAGGACCUGUUAACCAACCAUUCCAACCAGAGCCACCUUGUAGGAAUCCCAAAGAAUUCUGUCCCACAGACACCCAUUGACAAAAAUGAGCAGAACUUUUUCCCAGAGCCGAGGAACAGGAUGAUCCCAUCUCAUCAGAUCAGUGGCCACUCAUCGACAUCAAUGCCUCCACCUUCUUCGUUGUCAUCUAAUUCUACUUUGCUACACAGUCACCAGAGCAGCAGGAAGUCGAGGACAGACUGGUCGCGUGGUGGUCACAACUCUAGUGGGGCCCAGCCAAGCCAAUCCAGUAGUCAGCAGAGUCGGGCAAAGCACAGCUCCUCUCAUGACCAGCCACAGGGCAGGUACGAAGACCUCUAUAAUUGUCAGAGUGAGCAGCAUAAAAGUGGAGGAACCGAGGAAGCAAAUUCUAUGGCAGCAUCUUCGCAUUCAAGGAGGCACACUCAUUCCAAGUCAGCACCUGGAGAACAUACUUACAAAGAAAACAGUCAUUCAAAGUCGCCCGCAGAGCUUGAGUUUGUAGGUCAUGGUCCUGGAUCUCCACUUCCUUCCACUUCGUUGUUAUCUGCAAACAACGGUCUUUCGUCUCAGAAUUUCCCACCAGGACUUCACUGCAAGAACAGCAUGGUCCAGCAAAAGCCUACAGCCUAUGUCAGGCCUAUGGACGGUCAGGACCAGGUACCCAAUGACUCACCUGAACUGAAACCUCCGAUAGAAAUUGAGAGUGGAUAUGGAAAUCAGUCCUUUGGAACACUGCUGGAAGGAAAAGUGAACACACCUAGUUCGAAGAACAAAGUACCAAAGCUCACCAUUCCUCCUGUUAGUGAAGUAACUGUUCCCAAUGACUCCAGCUGUGUGGAAGACAUAUUACGGGAGAUGACCCAUUCCUGGCCUCCUCCUCUUACUGCUAUUCACACUCCUGGCAAGGCUGAGCAGACCAAGUUUUCUAUCCCAAGCAAGGUACAAGACUCCCAACAUCUGACCUCAGGAUACAAUGUACAAAAGUGGAGUGAUCCAGCAGGGAAAGUUGCAGCUAAGUCAGUGCCACAAAAGUCAAUGCUUGAGGAUGAUCUGAAACUCAGCAGUGAUGAAGAUGACAAUGAACAGGCUGCUGAAAAGACAAAAUUGAGAAAUAUUCCUGUAAACAGCCUGCCCGUGCCAGCAGCACACGCAACUGGCUUAGCCCAUUCCAGCGGCGGCUCUGGGAGCUCCAGCGAGUCCGAGAGCAGCUCCGAGUCCGACUCUGACAGCGAGAGCAGCUCCAGUGACAGCGAGUGCAACGAGGAGUCACGCAGUGCCACGCCAGAGCCUGAACCCCCCUCAACAAACAAAUGGCAGCUGGAUAAAUGGCUAAAUAAAGUGAACCCCCACAACAAGACCAUCAUCAACAAUCAAAAUGAGCCUCACAGCGAGACCAGCUCCCAGCCCCAGAGCAACCAGCAGGCCGAAGGGCCUAACAAAGGGAAACUCAACAGCAGCCUGCCCCCGACUGAUUCCAAAGACCGGGCGAUCCUUAGUCCCAUCCGAGAGAAAGCCAAACCACGGGUUGCCCAGAAAACCCCAGAGGCAAAAAGCUCCAAGCAGAAGUCACCAGCUCAUAAUGAGCCAACUUCACAAAGGACUACUGGGAAAAAGCAACCCAAAAAGGUAGAAAGGACUUCCAGUGUAGAAGAGUAUAACUGGCCCAAACCAAAUAAUACCAGCAACACUCCCAAAGAAAAAGACACACAGGAACCCCCCGAGCAGCCAAAGGUUCGAACUAAAGCAGCAGUUGGGAAGACCGCUCCAAGGAAAGAACCACGAACUAGCACAGGUCUCACUUCAGAGAAGAAGAAGUACAGAGGCCCCAGCAAAAUUGUCCCCAAAUCCCGGGAAUUCAUUGAAACGGAUUCGUCUACUUCUGACUCAAACACUGACCAGGAGGAGAGCUUGCAGGCUAAGGUACUGCCGGCUUGCCCUGGCUCUGCCAAUGGUGUCAAAGCAAAGGACUCUGGCAGUAACAUCCUCAGCGUAAGUAGUUUAACUAGCAAUGGCAGCAACACAUCCAUUGACCAGACCAGCAAUGACCUGGAGGAGCAGCUCUUUUCUCCUAUUCCAAUCGUACAAAACGAACUUCUGUCCCCACUGAGAGAAUAUGAAGAACUCAAAUCUCUGUGGGUGAAAAUAGACCUUAGUUUACUCUCUAGAAUACCUGGACAAGAGCCUUUUGAGACCACGUCUGUGAAAAGUGAACCAAGAGAGGCAAAUGUGAAACACAGGCGACCAUCUCGAGAGUCCCCUACCCCAGCAGCUGAAAAACCACCCACAAAAUCCAAAAGGAAACACAAGCAGACAGAAAGCCUGGAUACCUUUGUUGAAAGCAAGAAGCCACGCCUGGAGGACUCUUCAGCUUCAUGCCUACUCCCACCUUGUAUCUCUCCAAUACCGAAUCACAGAUUAACCAGCACUAAAGAGAGCAGUGGUAACUCAGUGAAAAAGGUGGCAAAGAAAAGAGAAGACAAGCUGUUCCCUCCACCGUUAUCCCCACUCUUGGAUGAGCCUGUGCACCGGCGGCACAGCAGUGACAACAGCUCCUUCAGCCAAGAGACCAACAUCACAAACACCUCUCAGACCAGCAACUCUUCCUCCUCUGUUUCUAAACACAGAAAGAAUGAAAAUAAAUCUUCUUCUAACCCCAAAGGAAUCUGUGAGGAAGAAUCUCACAAUACACCAACAGCCAACCCUCUUCUUGACACCAGCCAUCUAGAAACGGACAUCUGGUCUGCAAUGCCAACACUUUCCAAUGGGAGUUCUGAGUCCAGAAGACCCAAAAUAACGUUUGAUGAUGUGCUUCACAAUGCGGAUUAUUAUAUGCAGGAGGCUAAGAAGCUAAAGCAUAAAGCAGAUGCAUUGCUGGAGAAGUUCGGCAAAGCAGUGAAUUAUGCUGAUGCUGCCCUCUCCUUCAUCGAGUGCGGGAAUGCUAUGGAGCGAGAUCCAUUAGAAGCUAAAUCUCCAUACACCAUGUACUCAGAGACUGUGGAACUCAUCAGGUAUGCAAUGAGACUCAAGAAUUUCACAGGCUCUUCUGCCACAGAAGGGGACAAGAAAUUAGCAGUUUUAUGCUACCGAUGCUUAUCACUUCUCUACUUGAGAAUGUUUAAACUAAAGAAGGACCAUGCUAUGAAGUACUCCAGAUCUCUGAUGGAAUAUUUUAAGAACUCUUCAAAAGCCUCACAGGCCCCCUCACCUUGGGGCGGCAAUGGAAAGUAA